GUUCGGUGAAUGAGAACCAGAGACCGUCAAAUUCUUAUAACGGAGACCUGAAUGGACUGCUGGUGCCUGAUCCCAUUGUGGCCGGAGACGGACCUUCUUUGGCUAAGCCAGUGCAUCGCAGCAUUUCUCUGGGAGCCCUGCAGGAGAAACAAGUCAUCUGCCUUUCCGGUGAUGACAGCUCCACUUGCAUAGUGAUAUCAGCAAAAGAUGUGGAGAUAGUGGCAAGCAGUGAUUCCAGCAUCACCAGUAAGGCCAGAGGCAGUAACAAGGUGAAAAUACAACCUGUUGCUAGAUAUGACUGGGAGCAGAAAUACUAUUAUGGCAAUCUGAUAGCUGUUUCAAACUCUUACCUGGCUUAUGCCAUUAGAGCUGCGAGUAAUGGCUCCGCUAUGGUGCGAGUGUUGAGCGUCAGCACUGCUGAGCGGACCUUGCUGAAAGGAUUCACAGGUGGCGUGGCAGACCUGGCUUUUGCUCAUCUCAACUCCAACCAGCUGGCGUGCCUGGAUGAGGCUGGCAACCUUUUUGUCUGGCGCCUGGCCAUGAAUAAAGAAAAAAUCCAAGAGGAGAUCUUGGUUAACAUCAAGCGACCUGACAAUACCCCGUUGAACACCUCUCGAAGAAUCAUCUGGUGCCCUUUCAUCCCGGAUGAUAAUGAGGAGAGUGGUGAAGAGGGAAGUCAGACGUUGGCGUUGUUGCAUGAGGACAGGGCAGAGGUGUGGGAUUUGGACAUUAUCCGAACGAACAACAGCUCCUGGCCAGUGGAAGUGCCUAGCAUCAAAGAAGGCUUCAUCGUAGUGAAAGGCCACAGCACGUGCCUCAGUGAGGGAGCACUUUCUCCAGAUGGAACUGUGUUGGCCACAGCAAGCCAUGAUGGUUUUGUCAAGUUCUGGCAGAUCUAUAUUGAGGGGCAAGAUGAGCCAAGGUGUCUUCAUGAGUGGAAACCCCAUGAUGGUAGGCCUCUUUCCUGCCUGCUCUUUUGUGACAACCAUAAAAAGCAAGACCCAGAGGUGCCCUUCUGGAGGUUUCUCAUCACAGGAGCAGAUCAGAACAGAGAACUGAAGAUGUGGUGCACUGUAUCUUGGACCUGUCUGCAAACUGUCCGCUUUUCUCCUGACAUCUUCAGCUCCAUGAGUAUUCUUCCCAGCCUGAAAGUCUGCUUGGAUCUCUCUGCUGAAUAUCUGAUACUGAGCGAUGUGCAGAGAAAAGUCUUGUAUGUGAUGGAGCUGAUGCAGAACCAAGAGGAGGGCAAAGCUUACUUCAGCUCCAUCUCAGAGUUCCUCCUUACCCACCCGGUCCUAAGCUUUGGCAUCCAGGCAGUGAGCCGCUGUCGGUUAAGACACACCGAAGUGCUCCCAGCAGAAGAGGAAAAUGACAGCUUGAGUGUAGAAGGUGCUCAGGGAGCUGGGGCUGUGGAAUCAGCAGCAGGCGUGCUGAUAAAACUCUUCUGCGUGCACACCAGGGCCCUACAGGAUGUGCAGAUUAGAUUCCAGCCUCUUCAUAGCCCUGACAUGAGUGCAUCCAUGCCUUCCCAUGGCUCUCAUGAAGAAUUUGCCUUUCCAGAUCACAUGGCUGAUCUAAGCACAGAAGGGCUGGGAUCUGAAAAAGGAUCGGUGCAUGGCUCUCAAACAGACCUGCGGCGUAUUGCCGAUCUGCCUGUACCAGCAGACUUCCUUUCUCUCUCAAAUGAUGCCAAACCUAAGCUGAUGACUCCAGAUGCGUUCAUGACACCAAGUACAUCUCUUCAACAGAUUUCUGCUGCCCCUUCCUUGUUAUGCCAUCAAGCAGAAGGGCAGGAGCUUGCUGUUUCUCGGCCACUCUGCGUCCAAGUGUUAU